AUGGCCACCAAAAGUACCAAAAGCACCAAACAACGCCCACUCUACCCCCGUGGCAUCCCUUCCAAAUUCUCAUCCGAUGGAAUCGUCCAGCGCUUCCCCGGCAACACCAUAAUCUGCCAUCUACCCGCCAACUCUCCUCUCCAGCCCAGCCUAAACAGCGUCUACAAAUCACUAAGCUCCCACCCCGUCUUAUCCAAGCUCAUCCAUCUCCUCCCCAAAGACUCUUGGCACAUGACCGUCCAUGGCGGAAUCCACGGCGAUAAAGUCACUCCCGGAAAGCGACCUCCCGGAUUCGAAGGACGGUUACUAGAAGAAGUCACCGAGGAUUUCGCCCAGAAGCUAAGACAGCUGGGCAUGGAGCUGGAAAAGGAAGGUCUGGCGCCUCCCUACAAGAUGAGAAUUCGGGGAUUCAACGGAGCCAAAUUCUUCAUCGGGUUGGAAGUCGAAGGAGCUACUGCAGAAGAGGAAAAACGCAUGCGAUUGCUGCGAGAUAGACUUGCUGAUGCGCUGGGGCUGAGACAGCCAAACCACGACACAUAUGGCUUCCACAUCACCAUUGCGUAUCUGAUGAGAUACAUUGAGGGGAAGAAUAGAAAGAUGCUCAAUGCAGUGUUUGAGAAGCACCUAUCAGAGGUACAGCUGGAGUUUGAGCUUGGAGCAGCGGAAUUCUGCACGUAUGAGAACAUGUAUUCCUUUGUAAGGCUGUUCUAUCUCGGACAAGGUCAAGACUGA